CUCCUUGGGCUAGUGCAACUGUGAAAAUGUGCGGAGCGUGUCGGUUGUGAAAGCCUUGAUUAUUUCUACUUUUUUUCUAUAUAUAUUUUAUUUUUCGUUUCACAUUUCGCUUAAUUUGUUUACGCGUUUCGUCGUUCAACGUUCGUCUGGUGUGUGAAUAACUCGUAGAUACUUUGUGUGACUAAUAAGUGGAAAUCACUUUAAACGGCAUUAAUUGUGCGUGGGCCAAGCCCCACAGAAUUUAUCUCAAAGAUACUCGUUAGAUUGGCCAUCUUAAGUGCAUCACAGUAGCCGACGAAAGUGACUGUGUGUGUGUGAGUGCCUGUGUGAAAGUGUCUGAUACGAACAAAGGAACAAAAGUUCUCUUUGACAACGAAUUUGUUUGGGAUUAUCUAAUACGCAAUCGGUUCUUAUUUGGCGAGAGAGAAAACUUACGCAUCAAGCAUAACAACAUUUAUAAAUAGACAUAAAAACUACAAAGAAAUCAAAAUGAAAAGUGCAGCAUAGAAAACAAAAACCAAAAUCCAAACAAAAUGUGCAACCAAUCAAUGGAGUUGAAACCCCUUAAAAAAAGAGCCAAUAACUAAAAAUAAAGGAGAGCAUAGAAACAGCAGCAGCAGUAAAGCCAAAGAGACUCUGCCAAGAACUUGGCAACAUCGCAGCGUUGGUCCGAAGCGGACUGGCCAAAAAUAAACGACAGCAACGGCAGCAACAUUUGCUUGCAACUAGAUGUUGUUGCUGCUGCUCGCCUUCAUCAUGCGAUUCGUAGACAUUUCCAAACGCUGUACCGCCUGCUCCAGGGCCGGCAUCGAUUGCCAGCACAACGGCAACAGCAACAACAACACCAGCGAUCCCAACGGCAACACGCCUUGUUGGCAACAUGUUGCUGGUGUCACCAGUAACAGCAGCAGCACCAGCAGCGGCUGCGACAGCAAUAGCUCCUCCAAGGAGAACUUCUAUGUGCCGCAGCAUCGUCAAAGGGCCAAGCCCAAUGGCACCAGCAUUGGCGUGACCCCGCAGCAGCUUGAGCAAAUACGCUUCUACCAGCGCAUGCAACAGCAGCAGUUGCAAUUGUUGCAACACCAAUUAAUGCAGCGACGACGCCUGCAACAACAAUUGCUCGAACAGGGCGUGCCUUCGGCACCGGCAAAGACAACAACAACAGCAGGUCUCACCUGCAAUCAACAGUAUUUGCGACAGCAGCGACUGCAACAGCAACAUCUACAGCAGCAGCAGCAGCGAUAUAUGGACCACAACAGCAACAAUGACAAUGACUAUCUGAACAACUAUCUAAACAACAACAUUAACCAUCAAAACAAUGGCAAACUUGUGGGCCAAGGAACCAAACUUCGACGUGGCAUGACAGAAUUCUCAACAAACAACGAUCACAGCAAACCGCAUUUCACCGCAUCUCAGCAGAAACCUCUUCAGAACUCACCAAUUCACCAGCAAGCAUUCACUUCAUCCAAUCCAAAUUCUCAUCCACAUCUGCUUCAACGCUUAGCCCAACAGCAACAACAGCAACAGCAGCAGCAACAUCAACGACCACAUAAAUUUCAGCAGACCCUGCCCUUUAGCCAGCUUAACAACGGCAACACCACGGCUGCCCACAUUCUACCCGGAUCAUCGCCACAUUCCCCGCUCUGCUAUCGCAAUCCGCUGAACAGUCCCAGCAAUUCACCAUUCAGCAACAACACGGCGCAGACGACGAUUGGUAAGCGGUAUCAGCAGCAACAGCUGACCGAUCGCCUGUUGCAGCAGCAACAUCUGCAACAGUGCCAGCAACAGCAAUUGCAAUCGCUGGGCAGUGGAAGCGAUGUGGAAGAGGAUGCCGCCGGCGAGGAACUGAGCGAGGAGAGUCUCAAGCAGAAUGUGGCCAUUGUGCUGAGCAACUUGGAUCGGUAUAACAACGCGUUGCGCAGCAUUAUCCUGAAUGAGCAGGUGAGCAGCAGCCUGAUCACUCCCAGCGACAGUCUACUGUUUGGUGAGGAUACGAGCGGUCUGCUCUACUGUGACAACGACAACACCAGGAAGGUGCUCCAAGGCAAUAAUAACUUUGUCCUGGGUAAGAUGGCAGCCACACCGGAAUCGGAUUACAAUAGUAAUGCCACCACGCCAGGAGGUCGCAGCAACGAGCAACAGUUGCAGCAGCAGCAACAACAACAGCAGCAGCAGCAGCAGCAACUUGGGGUAGGUGGGAUGCUUUGUGGUGGUGGCGGGAUGCGGGAAACUACUAAUGGUAGCGGUGGCAACAAUCUCAACUGCUCGUUGGCCUCGUCACACGAUUUUACUCACGACAAUUCCGAUUACCAGUGGUUCCUGGACUAUGGCUAUCGAGAUGGCUGCGGUGGUAUGCAGCGAAGCGUUUUGAGUUCUCUUUCGGCCUCGUACAAUGCUAUGGGGGAUCUCAUCUACUAUGAAGAUAUGGCCAAGAAUCUGGAUGCCAAUCUGGCCGAGGUGGACAUGGAGAGCUUUCGGGCGGAGGACAUACAUUCCCUGCUCUCGCAGCUUCCUGCCUAUUGUAAGAGUUUGGGCGGUGCCAACAGUCGACUUCAGCAAUCGCUGCUCCUUCAGCAGCAGCAGCAACAACAACAGCAGCAGCAACAAUUGCAACAACAAAAGAUGCAGCACCUCAGCAACAUGUUGCCCCACAACAUGUCCCAGACGUCGACAACCUCCACCAACGAACUGAUCGACAACUCCUUCUGCAAGUCGGAGUUGCUCUUUUCGCCGGUGAGGGAAUCGCACAUCUCGGUGGAUUCACUGGAUAUGGAUGCCUAUCCGGAUGACGGGGAGAUCAUACUCACCUGCAAUAAGGAUAACUACACGAUCGCCUUCGAGGGCAGUGUGCUCUACUCGGACGAUAGUUUCUAUGCGGAACCAAGUGACAUUGCCGCCAGGAACAAACAGAACUGCAUUAACUUGCAUAGCAAUCUGGAGGACAUUGUGAAGCGCAACAAGGCCCUGGAGGUAUCCAUGUCGCGUUCGGCCCAGGCCUUCCAGCCACUUUGUCCCAUGUCGCCCAAGGGACAGGCGGCCACAGCGGCAGCAGCCAAGUUACAGCGACGCUCGUUAUUUCUUGUUUCGCCCGGCCGCAGGUAUCCCUCGGGGAACAAUAACACGGAGACCAUCACCUUAACCAGACACCUACCACAGUGCUCCGUGAGGAAGAGCAGCAGCUUGCCCAAUCUGCAGAGUGAGGAAUCCAUGACGGGCAGUUGCCUCAAGGAGCAGGGAACAGAGGAGUGUGGCCAACAGGCGUUGCCCUUGAAUGUCUCUCAGGCGAUCAGUACUUCGACAAUGGAGUCAUGCAAGUCGAGAUCCAAGAAUCUGCUGCCCAUGUGCCAGAUGCCCAUAUCCAUUAGUGUGUCCAUUUCGGAGCGACUGCAGCAGCAGGCUGAUCAGCAGCUGCCUAACCAACAGAUAACACCCACAUCACAGCAGUCACAGCAGCAGCAGCACCAUCACUCGCACCAUCAUCGCCACAAGCAUCGCUGCAGUUGCUCGCAGGAAAGCCAGAACUUCCAUAUUUCCGGAUCAGCCUCUUCGGGCAACUCCUCCAAUCCGCCGGCCUUCAAUCUAGUCAAGUUGUUCAUCAAGCAGAAGAGCAGCAACAGCAACAGUGGCGGUCAGGACGAUUUGGGAGCCCAGGCGAGUGCACACACCUGCAUGGACGUCUCCUCUGGCUGCUGGCCAUCCAGUGAUGCGGCUAGCUCCAGUAGUGGCUCCUUGGAACAGCGUCUGCGUAAGAAGAGCAUGAAUGACUCGGGCAAAGGAUCGGCAGUGAGUCGACAUGACGAAGAGGAACACUAUCCGGAAACGGAGACACCCAGACGACAGUUAAGAGCCCGAUCCGAGGCAGUGUUCUACGAUGAUGUGGCAACCUCUAGUUCCACGGGUUCGCUAACGGCGACCAAUUCACCAGCUCAUCGUCGCCGCAGUAUGCCACUAAGGAAUCCCCAACUCUACCAACUGGCAGCUCAGGUUUCCACUGGCAGUCAGAUGUCCUCGGAGGCCAGUUCGGAGCAGUUAACGCAGGUGCCCAGGCGAGCGGAAACGGGAUGCGGGACCAGUACACGUCCGUUGUCGUGUGCCUCCAGCUCUGAAAUGAUAACACGUUCCAUGCAGACAUCCUGCGGAUCACUUAGCACCACCAGGAGCAGCCUGAGCGAUCGGUAUCGCUGUGUGCCGCCCUCAUUCCUCGAGAAACUCAAUAACCUGGGUGAGCAGCGACAGGCGCCCAUUUACGUGAUCUAUCCAAAUUAUGCUCUGCCCGAUUUGGGAUUCGUUAAGACUAACGCCAGCACGGAUGUGAUCUUCUCGCCCUUCAACUACAAGAUGACAUUGGAUGGGGCAGCUGGUAGUACCAGUAGCUCUGGAUCUCUGAGGAAACAGCGCAGCAAUAGCCAGAGCGCUAGCGAAGAUGAAAUCUUGAAGACGUUGGACUAUAAGCACAUUGCCGACUGGCAGUCGUUGGCCACUUUGUUGCCGACGGAAUACCGCCGGCGGUUGCAGCACAUUCCGGAGGUGAAGCAUCUGGUGCGACAGCUGGAUGCGGAGCUAUCACAGCGUCCGCUUUUCUGUAUGUCGCCACCGCUUCGCCGAAAUCGCACUCACAUCUGCGACUGUGCCAAGUACUUCCAGGGACAGCAAACGCAAAUGGACGAGGCCUCCAGCUCGGGAUCCAGUCAGCAGCCCAGCUCUGGCUAUCGUGGUUCAUCCACGCUGCUCACCGACUCAGAGUUGGAUGUGGAUCCACUGAAGCAAAUGUAUGUCUAUCAAUACGAUCAGCAGCGCAUGGAUUCGGGUGUGGAAACCAGUCCUGGUAGUCAGUUAACUCAAACCCCGCCGCAACCCAUGCCAAGGAGUAUUCUGCGCAAGGCUCACUCUGCGCAGUCGCGCUCCAAGCGCAAUUCCAUGAUCGAGGCACAGCAGACACAGAAGCUGACAAAGCUGGAGAAGCGGCGCAGUUUGCAGGAGCCACCACACAACUACGGAUUGGGUUCCAAUGACGAAUUGGCGGAUGUCUUUGAGGAGGAGGAGAACAGCCAGCAGGCGCAACCGGUGAAGCAGAGGUUGUCCCGCAAGGAUCUGGAUGCCAGGGCAAGGGCAGAGAACUUCUUGGCCUCGUUGCCACGCUCUGAGCUCAAGUACUAUGCCGAGAUCGCAUCCAUCCUAGAGUCUUCCGGCGAGCAGGUUACCUAUGAUGCUGCCGCCCUGAAAAAGGAGGUUAGCCGGGUGCUUAGCCAACAGAAGAAGGUAUCGUUUAAUGACGAGGGCGUGGCGGCCGGACUGCAGCAGCACGCAAAACGCUUUGCCACGCCACCUAACUCCCCCAACAUCUCCGUGGCGGCACUAAAACGUGAGACAGUGGAUGUAAUAGAGCAGCGCAAGAUCGAAAGUAAUCGCUUUAAACGUCUGCAAAUCCAAUGGGAACUGAUGAGCAAGGACUCGAGUAUGCUUAAGGAACUGGCCAGCGAGGCGGCCACCAAGAGCGGCGGCUCCACACCCACCUCGGCCAAUUCGACGGGCUCCAACUCGGCGCCAAGGUCAAGGAUUCCAAGGCCAGUGAGCUACCCAGCGGGCAGAUGUUCCACGCCCACAUCGUCACGUACUGCCCCCGUUUUAGCCACGCCUUCACCGGCACGGCCUGCCAAACCCAAGACUGUCACUAAAAGCCACAACAAACCUGGUUCUUUUACCUCCCCCCGCCCAAAUAGACUCACCAGCGCCCAGGAAGCAGCCGGAGGUUCCAAGGUCAGCACUCGAUCGCCUAGUAGGAUGGUGCAACCGAAGCGUUAUAGCCUGGCUGGCACAACCACGCCCACGUCGGCAACACCAGCUACGGUUAGAGCACGUACGCCCACUAAUCGAGCAGCGGUUACGGCGCCAAAUACGCCCAAACGCCAGGCGGUUGCCCAAUCGCCCAGACCCACCUCGCGAGUGCGUUGAGCGUCCAAACGAGUCCAAGCGUCCAAGUCAUCCCAAUUAGUCAACGGCAGACAACAGACAGCAAAUUCCCCCAACAAACAAACCCCAAGAAACAAAAACAAACAAACAAACAAAACAUAUUCAACAUGAAAAACAAUGCAACAUUGUAAAAUUCUAGACUAAGGCUUUGUGUGCGGCUCGAUUGCUUAGUUACUGUUGGCCCGGAAAGUGAUAUUUAGAUGGGAGAAGGGAGAUGGGAGAGCAUUGAUCCAGGGAUCACGGAGCGAGAACUGAUAGCGAGAUGUGCUGGUAUCUUUUGAUUGAUUAUGAUUUCAUCAUCCUUAAGUUGCGGUAGAGCAGAUGUCUACGAGAAGUAGCUAAAUUUUCUUUUUUUACAAAGUAUACAUAAUGAAAUCUAUACAUAUGCCAAGUACGCGUAAAUUAAACAAAAAUAUUUUGAUGUAUAUACACAAACAAAAAUAUAUAUAUAAAUAUAUAUAUAUAUAUAUAUACGCGUAGACUCGCUUUUCCACUAGCUACUCAAAAAUGAAAUGACAACAAAGAUAACUUUGCUACCCACUGGAAAAAUUGAUAAAGUGUAUAAAAUAUUUUCUAUACCCUAUGAGAAAAGAAAAAGGAAUAUACUCGAUACACAAAUUACUUGAAUCAUACCAAGCUGGGCCAGACAUUAAAGAUAUAUGUUGGAUAUCCCCCUAAAAAACAAUAAAUGAAAAGCUCAAGAGUGGAUCCAAUCGAUAUUACGCCCCGGGUGCAUUAGAAUAAAUCUAAUUUGUUGCUUUUUCCAUGCUCACGCUGAUCCUCUCUCCUUGAAGAGAAAAACAUAACAAAAAUGAAGAAAAUCUGGGAAAGAAGAAUUUUCCAUAUGGCCUUUAAAUUCAUUAGCAAUUGGUUAUUGAAUGCUUUGCAGUUUUUUAUUUAUUGUUUUACGCUGAGAUUUUCAUUUCGUUUUUAACGAGCUUAAUGCUGAUGAGCCUCCAGGCUCGAAAGUGAUUUCAAAUUGUACGAUAUAUGUUUACAGCUGCUAUAUAAUCUACUAUUAAUCUUACUAUAUCAUUUGUAUCUAUUUAAUAUCCUAUCACUCUGUCUAUGACAUAACUUUAAUUUGGUUAUUUAACUGCUGGAAGACAUCGUCUAAUUUGUAAGCCUUAAGUCAAAAAACACUUUUCUAUCUUAAAUUGUAUAGCUACUAUUCUUAUUGUAUUAUGUACAAGCGGAUGGAACACAUAUUAUAGAUUGGCGGGAGAAUUUAUCACCAAAUGGAUAUGCGGGAGUAUAUUAUGUAUUAAACCGAAAAUAAAACAAAAUGUAUAAAAAUACAAAAUCAAUAAAAAUAUUAAUAAACAAGCAAAAAGUAUUACGAAAAUAAAA